GGGGAAGGAGAGAGAGAGAGAGAGAGGGAAAAAAAACGGGUUCGGGUCCCGCGGCUGACACAAGGAAGAGGCGCGGCCUAUCGACGCCGGGAAGCGGCCGCGUCGGCGAGGAUCGGAGCGCGGUUUGUGUGGCUUGGAUUUCCUCUCGGGCGGGCUGGCGGCCGGCCGGCCGUGGCUCCCUUUAGACCGAGAGGAAGGCGGAUGGCGGCAACAUCCGGGGCUUCUGGGGCGGCGUCGGCGGCGGGCGCGGGAUCCGGCGCGGCCCCGGCUCUCUACGCCUGCACCAAGUGCAACCAGCGCUACCCUUUCGAGGAGCUCUCCCAGGGACAGCAGUUCUGCAAGGAAUGUCGGAUUGCGCACCCCAUUGUAAAAUGUACUUACUGCCGAUCGGAGUUUCAGCAAGAGAGCAAAACUAAUACAAUAUGCAAGAAGUGCGCCCAAAAUGUGAAACAAUUUGGAACGCCAAAACCCUGUCAGUACUGCAACAUCAUUGCUGCUUUUAUUGGUACAAAAUGCCAGCGUUGUACAAACUCUGAAAAAAAAUAUGGACCACCUCAGACAUGUGAACAGUGUAAGCAGCAGUGUGCUUUUGACCGCAAAGAAGAAGGAAGAAGAAAGGUUGAUGGGAAGCUGUUGUGUUGGCUUUGUACUCUGUCCUACAAGCGAGUGCUGCAGAAGACCAAGGAGCAGCGGAAGAGCUUAGCGCCCUCCCAUUCUAACUCUUCUACGUCUAUUACCGAGAAAGACCAGCAUCAUUUGAAACACCACCAUCACCACCACCACCGUCACCCGCACCACCAUCGCCACCAUCAUCACAGCGGCGCCCAUCACAAAAUCGGCAGUCUGAGUCCAGAGGAUGAUCAGGGGUUGUGGAAGCAGAGCCAUAAAUCCUCUUCAGCUAUUCAGAAUGAAACUCCAAAGAAAAAGCCCAAAAUGGAAACCAAGCCAUCUAAUGGAGAUAGUAGCUCUAUAAAUCAGUCAGCAGACAGCGGGGGCACCGACAACUUUGUUCUAAUAAGUCAGUUGAAAGAAGAAGUCAUGUCACUGAAACGCCUCUUGCAACAAAGAGAUCAGACUAUCCUGGAGAAGGAUAAAAAGCUGACUGAGCUGAAGGCCGACUUUCAAUACCAAGAGUCGAAUCUAAGAACCAAGAUGAAUAGUAUGGAAAGAGCUCAUAAGGAAACUGUAGAACAAUUACAGGCAAAGAACAGAGAGCUUCUCAAACAAGUUGCAGCAUUGUCAAAGGGCAAGAAGUUUGACAAAAGCGGGAAUAUGCUGACAUCACCCUAAGAAGAUGGCGGCAGUUUGCGUAGCUAUUAAUCUCAGAAAGGUAAAUCGACUCCGGGGAAAAUUCCGUAGAAACAAACCUUUUGGCGUGCAGAGUUGCUGGCAUAGUUCCUGUAUACCUUUUUCUAACUGAAUAAUGUUACAGAGGUUUGUUUUUGCUUUUUUUUUUCCCCCUGCAAAUUAAAAUUAUUUGGAUUAUUAAAGUACUUCAACAGGUUUGAAGAAGGCAUGCAUAUCUAUAUAAUGCAUACGUGCAGCCAUGCAAAAGGAGGCAGAUGGCCAGUCCCUGGUGAUCAGUAAGCGUGCUGUCCCUGGUCAUCACAUCAUGCAAUAACACACACACACACACACACACAAGCCCUUCAAGAGGACAGCUCCCCCAGGUGCUCCUGUUGUGCAGACUGAUUGCAUUUGGUUGGACUUUAGCAGGUCGCCUGGACAAGAGCAAAAACUUGCGUAGGGAGCUGGACAAAGACCUCUGAGGACAACUUUCAAUCUGAUCUACAUUCCAGCAGCAGCUAAUUUGAAAACUGAGCAAGAGCACUGGAGAUGUUGACCAACCUUUCUUGGUCUUUCAGUCCAAAUAAGAGUGCAUUGAGUUUUAAAAUCAUGGUGCUUUUUAUUACAAGAAGCUUAUUAAACCUUAUAAAUAUAUGUAAAAGAUUUUAACACUUCUAUUCUUAGUAAUAACUGGUGUUUUGCAUUUCCUGUUAUAGAAAAUGUAAGAGAUUCUCUAUUGUAAGUACCGGAACAAAAUGUGUUUUUUCUUUUUUCUGAAAAUACGCUGUAGACUUUUUCCUGCAAGUGCCUUUUCUCUCAACGGUUUAUUUAUAGGAAUGUUGGUAUUUGUAUAUACUUUUCUUUUUCUUUAACCAUGUUUCAGCGUUCCCCUGUAGGUAUAUAUUUAUAAAUGCAUAUACAGAAGGAUCAAAUGCUCAGAUCAAAUGGUUAGAAUGAUAGGGAAGGUGCUAAGUUCUGGCAGGCAAUGAAUUUUGGCUGUAGAUACUGUAACAGAUAUGUCUGUGUAGAGAGUAUUUGUCUUAACUCUUGCUGUGCCUAACUUAAUGGAGGGAGGGGCUUUUAAACUGUCGGACUUCUAUGAAUAGAUGAAUUAUUUUAUUUCAGUGCUGAUUUGCAUUGUAUUCUCAGUGAUGUGUUCUUGAUUGAACAAUGACGGGACAAUAUUUGAGCUUAAAGUUCACUCUCCAGGUGUUUCUUUUAAUGAGAUUGCAUUGAAAUUUAAUGCUGUUUCUGAACAGUUCUGGAAACAUGGCUCGUUAUUUCUACACAGUGAGAAAAUAACAAUUCUAUCCUGCUAAGGGAAUUAUCCCACAGGAGUUCUGUGGCCAAUAAUUGGGAGCCUAAAAAAAGGAACCAAGGAGAAACCUGAAUGCCUAACUGAGAAUUUUUUUUAAAAAAAACAACAACCACCAGCUGUGUAGUCAUAGAACCAUGCUGGCCCUACAACCAUGGCUCAGUCUUUGCAGUAACAGGAUAAUAAUGUAGGCUCUGAAGCACCAUUUGCACUAGAGGGAUAAAAUGAGAUUAAACAGCACAUUUUCUUUCCCAGCUAAGAAUUUAAUCAGACAUGCCAUAAAUCUCCCCAACUGCAUUUUUGGGGGACAGCCUGGGAUUGUGUGGAGGUAGAUCAGUAACCAUAGAGACCACCAUUACUUAAUAUCAGCUGUAUACAUAUCUGUAGGAGUUUGUUGAGUGUGUUCUGCUUGCACUCUCAAUUUCUUCAGGGCAAAGAUGUCCCCCCCCCCCCAAGAAUUGCACAAACUAAUGCAACCUGGAAUGUGUCUCCAAACCUUGUGUAAUGCCCAGGGGUUUCUAGCACAGCGUUCUUCAGACUUGGUGACUUUAAGAAACGUAGACCAGCAUGCUGUCUGGGAAAUUCCCGGGCUUUGAAGCCUACACAUCUUUAAAAGUUGCCGGAUUUGAAAAAAGACUGCUCCAGCAGGUAAGCAAGAAGUGACUCUGAACUAAGUAAGUUGGAAAUCGUGAUUUGGAUGCGUAGAGCUUAAAGACAGAAACCAUGAGAAUGAGGUAAGGCAGUGGCCCUCAACUUUUUGGCUGCCAUGGACCGGUUCUGUGGAGGGCAGUUUUUCCUCAGGCCGGGGGCGGGAGGGGUUGUUUCACGUACUGCCUGGAUCCUGUAGGUGCGCAGAUGGGGCUUCACUCAUUUGCGCAAUCUGAUUUUUAGCAGGCUAAUCCGAUUUUUAGCAGGUCCGCAGACAUGGGGAUUGAGAACCCUGGAUGUAAGACACUAGAAAAGUUCAUCGCCAUUCCAGAAAAGAGUUUCUUUGACCUAAAAUGUAUUAGCCUAAACUUGUUUCUAUUAAAUGGAAAAUCCAGUUGAUAAAGGGGUGCUCAAUUUAUUAUCACAGGAAUUGCACUUCAGCGAGCCUUCGUGUUUUGGGGGGGCCCCAGCUACUGGUUUGGGGAGGGUUUGUUCCCAAGAGACUACUGAAUAAUUGUAAUUUGAAAACACACACAAAAAAAAGCUGCUUUCUACAAUACUGAGAUUUUUUUUAUUUUUUGUAUACUAAAGAUGAACUUUGUAAAUUUAUAAAUACUAUUUGCGAAGAUUACAUGAUUAUAUAGAUAGGGUAGAAUAUUCUUUUGCUAUCCUGUUGAAUUGCUUUAUCAUUCAGACUUUUUCUUUUUAAUUGCUGACUUCCAUUUCAGAGUAUUUUGAUACUUUUUCUGAUUGAAUGACUACCUGUCAUUGGUGGACUUAUUUAAAAAGAAAUUGGUCAAAACUUUUCACAAGAAACGUAAUGACUUUCUGAUCAAGGCAUUGUCACUGAAACCUGUUUAUGCUGCAAUAGGAACAUUAUAUAUAGAGGAAGAAAAAAAUCCAACAGUCUGGUUUUUAAAUACCAGAGCUGUGGGAUAUCCCAUUUCAAAACAUUUACAAGAGUUUUACUAUGUCUAAAGAGAAAAUAUUUAUUUUUAAUUGUAGUGUUUCAAAGGCUGGAGAUUUGAGUGGCUUUCACAAAGAGCUUGAUGUUAUGUAGACCCAAGAUGACACACUAUGGUUUUUGCAUUUAAAUCAAUUCGGGUUUUUUUUUUUAAAUAAUUGGCAUCAAGCAAGGGGAAAAAAUCCCCUGGGCUUGAAUUAUUUAUAUACAUUUAGCCUGUAAAUAAUUGCAAUUUUUUUGUUUUAGUUAGAAUGUCUAUCUCCAUUUUGAGGUGAAGCUUUUCAUCUUAACUUACAUUUGUAUAUUGUGUUGAAAUUCUGUACUGGCACACAUUUGACAUUUUUGUACUUUUUCUAAAUCCAAUAUUUCACAAUAAAAGCUUCUUAAAACAGCA